AUGGAUGCAGAUGACCCCACGGCAUACUGUCUGACACUGCGGAUGUGGGUGAUUGGUGUCUCGUUUACGCUUUUGGGGUGUGGUCUCAAUACGCUGUACACGCUGCGUUUCCCCUCGAUAUCCCUCACACAGUCAGCCGUCCAGUUCCUGGCCUUUCCCAUCGGCAAGACAUGGGAGAAGAUUGUGCCGGACUGGACAUUCUCCAUUCUUGGCUGGAAGCUCAGGCUAAACCCUGGGCCGUUCAACCAGAAGGAAAACAUCCUCAUUUAUGUCAUGGCUAAUUUAAGCUUUCUGACUCGAUUGAGCGCCGAUGUCCUUACCGAGCAGCGUAUUUUCUUCGGAUAUCAGACUGGAUGGGGGUUUGAGAUGCUGAUCACGCUCGCUACAAUACUCUACGGUUUCUCGAUUGCAGGCAUCUGCAAAUCGAUUGUCGUGGACCCAUCCUCUAUGCUGUGGCCUGGUGUUUUCGCCAACACGGCUCUCAACCAUGCCCUUCACUCUUCCAAGGCCGAGUCUGAGUCAGUGCAUAAGUUUCGCAUGUCGAGAUACUCUUUCUUCCUGAUAGCUUUCUCGAUCUCGUUCUGCUGGUAUUGGUUCCCUGACUUCAUCUUCCCCGCGCUUGGCUACUUCACCUUUCUGUGUUGGGCUGCUCCAAAGAAUGCGGUAGUCAAUCAAGUCUUCGGUAUGCAGAGUGGACUGGGUCUUAUCCCGGUCACAUUUGACUGGUCACAGAUUGCAUACAUCGGGUCACCUUUGGUCGUACCUACUUGGGCCAUCGCGAACGUUCUUGCUGCUCUGGUCUUCUGGGUUUACAUUGUCUCGCCCGCUCUUUACUACGGCAAUGUCUGGAAUUCAGCAUACCUACCCAUUCAGAGCAACUCGGUGUACGACAACACCGGUAAGGCAUACAACGUCAGUAGAGUCAUCGAUAAACAGGAUGGCUACACACUUGAUGCUGUCAAGUAUGAGAGCUAUUCGACAAUCUACCUACCUGUCACGUAUGCGCUUAAUCAAUUCGGACUUGCCUUCGCGACCAUCAUGUCGCUCUUCAUCUGGCUGGCGUUGGAGAAGAGAGACCAGAUCUGGAGCGUCGUGAAGUCGAUCAAGAGCACUCGCCAUCCAAGUGCAGCAAAGCGCGCAACAGCCCAGCCCGCUUAUGCUGAAACCCCUAUUUGGUGGUAUUGGGUGACGGCUGCUCUGUCUCUAUUUCUUGCCAUAUUCUGUUGCGAGUUCUGGAAGGUGCAGCUUCCUUGGUAUGGUGUGCUUCUAGCCUUCGCUAUCGCAGCCAUAUUUUUUGUACCACUCGGCAUCAUCUACGGGACAACAAACCUCAGGAUCAAUAUAGAUGUCUUCUGCAGAAUCAUCGCAGGGUACAUCUGGGAAGGCAAAGUCCUUGCAAACAUCUGGUUCUUCAACCUCGGCUACAUAUCCGGUAUCAAGGCGCUACAGUUCUCUCAGGAUUUUAAGCUGGGUUUGUACUGUGGAAUACCUCCACGCCAGCUCUUCAUUGUCCAACUUGUAGCCAUCUGCAUAGCAACACUCGCUCAAGUCGGCGUUCUGAAUUGGGCGUUGACCAACAUUAGCGGCGUGUGCACCAGCGCCGCUGUCAACGGCUUCACGUGUCCCUUUUCACGCACGCACUUCAACACCAGCACCAUCUGGGGCGCCGUUGGUCCACGCCGAUUCUUUUCAGCAAACGCAACCUAUCACGACCUCUUGUACUUCUUCAUCCUUGGGCUCAUGCUUCCUGUCGUAGUAUACGCGCUGAAGCGGCGCUACCCAAGGAGCUUCUGGAGGCACGCACACGUCCCACUGCUGCUUGGAGGAUUGAACUACCUGCCUCCUGCUUCAGGGACCAACUACGGCAGCUGGGCUAUUGUUGGGCUUGUCUUUGGUGUCUACGUCAAGCGGAAGUAUGCGCUUUGGUGGAAGCGGUACACUUUCGUGCUUAGUGCGGCGCUGGACAGCUCUAUCGCUAUAGCGGCCGUCAUAAUAUUCUUUGCAGUAUUCUGGACAAAGGUUUCGGAGAACUUUAGCUGGUGGGGAACUACAGUCUAUAAGGACACUUGCGACUGGAAAUCCUGCCCUUUCAAGGUAUUGGUGAAGGGAGAGAAGUUCGGUCCUUAA